AUGGUAGCCGUUUCUGGGUUAAUUAUAAAUUCUUCAGGUGUCAACAAUCCGGCUGUAUGCAUAAGUCAUCCUAAGCUGCUAUACCGGAAUCAUAAUCCUAGCAAGUAUUGGUUUAAUAAAUGUCGAAAUGGUUUUGGUCUGUUAACCACAAGGAUUCGUGGUGUUAGGGGCCAAUAUCAUCUUCAACAGCAUUCUGGCACAAAAUGUUUUGUAUCUGCAAGAGGAAAUUAUCAUAGCUCAAGCUUCAAUCGUGACUCUGAUAUAGAGCCUUUUUGGUUAAAUAUGAUGAAAGAAGCUAUCUGGGCCAUUAGAAAUUUACUUGUAUUUCUCGUUGAACAGCCAAGCCAGCUGAAGUACAUAGAAUGGCCAAACUUUCAAAGCACGCUGAAGACUGCUACUCUGACCCUUGUUCUGGUCGCUCUGCUUAUCAUUGCACUUUCCUCCGUCGAUUCAGCGCUGUCUUAUCUGCUUGCCCUUCUUUUGCGGAGAAAGGCAUGA